AUGGCCACCUGCACCCGCCCGUUGCUCCGGCUGCUCCGACUGCUGCUAACCGCUGGCUGCCCCACGGCCGCCGCGCUCGCCUCUCUGCCGCCGCUCGAGAGCGCCUCCCAUCGCGCUGCUCUUGUGAGCAGCGUGCAGCGCAUGGCAGCGCCGGAGGUGUCGGCGCUCGUGGACGACUUGCGUGCGGCUGGCAGAUGCGGCCUCGCGUGCGAGGUGCUCGUGGCAGGCUGCAACAACGACCAGCUGCCGUGCGCACCCACCUUCGACGCGCUGGCCGCCAGGUUGAGGCGCGACGGACGGCUCGACGAGGCGUCCGAGGCGCUGACCGCUUUCCACCGGGCCGGCGGCGUAUCGAACCCGAGCCAGUCGGCCGCGCUCAUGGCGGCGCUCGCGCGUGAGGGCCGCACGAUGGAGGCGCUCUCGCUGCACAGCCUCGUGCGCGCCGACAACCGGACGAGCGCUAUGCUGCUCACCGCCCUGCUGCAGGCGGGCGAGGUGGCGGGCGCAGGCCGCCUCGCCUCGGAGCUGGGUGCGAGCCUGCGCGGGGGCGGCGCCUCCCCCGACCUGCCCCUCUUCAACGUGAUGCUGCAGUCCCUUCUUCGGUCCGGCCGCGCGAGCGAGGCCUCCACCCUCCUCUCCGCUAGCGGCUCCUCGAGGCUCAGGCCGUCGGCACGGACGCUGCACACGCUGCUGCACUCCUUCGUCUCGGCGGGCGAGCUGCCCGCCGCAGUUGAGGCGGAGAGCCUCGCGCGGCAGAUGGCGAGCUCCGGCGCAGCGCCCGACUCGUACACGCUCAACGCCCUCCUGCGAGCGAGCGCCGCGACCGGCCAGCCGCGCCGCGCCCUCGCCCUCUACCGGCUGCUGCACCGCUCCCACGGCGUCGCACCCGACUCGGCCACCUUCUCGCUCCUCGCCUGGGCCCUCGCGCCAGCCCUCGCGCCAGUCGGCGACGGGCCGCGCGCGGCGCUGCUGGCGCGCGAGUGGGCCCGGCCGACAGCGGCUUGGCCGACAGCACCCCGGCCGACAGCGACAGCGCGGCCCUCGCCGCUCGACCCGGGAGCCGGCAGCGCCGACGCCGGCGCUCGGUCCAACGGUUGCAAUGAGAAUGUAGAUGGGAGGGACGUUUGA